UUUCGCGUUCAGUUGAAAAGCGAUGCUGUGCCAACCUUGAAUAAACCUUUGCCUGAAACAGGUUCAAGUAAAACAAGGAUUUUUACAGAAAAAAGACAGCGUAAAAAGAAACUCGAAGACCUUCUAGAAGCAAGUAAAUCUCAACAAAACGAUUCAUCUUCAAGUGAAAAUGAAUCCGAAGCCGAAGGGCCACAAAGUUUCUCUAAUUUGGAGACGUUAGACGAAAUACCCAACAUUCAAAGCACAGAGGAAGACCGAGUGGAGAAACAGAUGAAGAUUUUAAACACAAGAGAAAGGUCAACACAAACAAGGAAAAAACAAGGGACCAGGUCGAUCAGAACACAAACGACAUCCACUUCGUUUUUGACCUCUUUGGAAGCGCAAACGGUUGUGAGCGACAGUGAUAACAUGCCUUCACGUGAUGUUGAAACAGAAACACCAGAUUUCGUGCAAUCUACGAUUACAGACGUUGACGUUGAGAGCAUGCGGAGCAGCAGUUCAAGCGUAGAGCCCAUAACAGUUGGCUUACAUAGUGACUUUGACAUUCCAGAGGAAUCGUCGUCCACUCUCAGUGACGACAGCAGCGGAGAAGAUACCGAUUCUGACGAACGAAGAGUUCUAGAGCAUGGCAAGUCCCCACAAGACCAGAUCAAAUUUAUUGUCUUCGAAGAAGCAAUUCUAGAUGUCUUUGGUCAAUGCGGUCAGUGUGUUUAUGAAGUGUGGAAAGGGGAACAAUCCGCUAGGUUACGGGAUAUAGGAGAUGAACGAAUUGUCAUUGCAUCGGAUAUGCGCGUUGAUAGUCCUGGUCACAGUGGGCUUUUUGGAUCAGGCAGUACGCUGGACAUGGGACGGAAUAUCAUAUUAGAUACCCAAGUAAUCAAAUCCACUGAAGUGAAGAAUUCCAACGCUAUGGAACUGGAAUCCCUUAAGAGACAGUUGAAAUACUUGGAGGACAAUGGCACUAAAGUUGACAAGUUAGUUACAGAUAGGCAUAUCCAAGUGUCCGCAUACAUGGCAAAUGAGAAGCCACAGGUGGAGCAUGCCUAUGAUGUAUGGCAUGUAGCAAAGGGUACAGUAAAACAUUAUAACAAAUAA